AUGUCUGGCUCUGAGAUCACAAUGAGUGGAAACUACUCCUUCUGUACCAAAUUCACAUUUGUGGCUUUUUCAUCUCUAGCGGAGUUACAACUUGUACUCUUCGUUGUGUUCUUAAUCAUCUACUUAUUUACUGUGGUUGGAAACCUCAUCAUCAUCUGCCUGAUUUGGGUCACCCCUUCUCUGCGCAUGCCCAUGUAUUUCUUCCUGGUGAACCUUUCCUUUUUGGAGAUGUGUUAUAUCACCAGUGUGGUACCUCAGAUGCUGGUGCACCUGCUGGUGGAGACCAAGACCAUAAGUGUGCGAGGAUGUGCAGCCCAGAUGUAUAUAUUUGCCAUCUUGGGACUGACAGAAUGCUGCCUGCUAGCGGCCAUGGCUUAUGACCGCUUUGUAGCUAUUUGUUAUCCACUGCAUUACACUCUCCUGAUGGGCCCUCGUGUGUGCUUAAAAUUAGCUGCUGCAUCUUGGACCACAGGGGUGGUGGUGGAGUCAGCACAGAUCACAUGGAUCUUCACAUUACCCUUUUGUGGAACGGGAAAGAUUCAGCACUUUUUUUGUGAUAUUAUGCCUGUAGUGAAACUGGCUUGUAUUGAUACCUCCCACAAUGAGAUCGUGAUGUUCGCCAUCUCUGUGCUCUUUAUCAUGAGUCCCUGCUUGCUCAUCCUGUGCUCCUACGUGCGCAUUCUUGUGGCCAUCUUGAAAAUCCCGUCAGCAGCUGGCAGACACAAAGCCUUCUCCACUUGUUCUUCUCAUAUCCUGGUUGUAUCCCUGUUCUAUGGCACUGCCUUGUUCACUUAUCUCCAACCUAAGGCUAUGCACACUCCAGAAACAGACAAAGCCACUGCACUCAUGUACACAGUGGUCACACCUGCUUUGAAUCCUGUUAUCUAUACCUUGAGGAACAAGGAAGUGAAGGAAGCCUUCCGAAGGGUACUACAAAGGAACCCUCUUAGGCAAAUGGGCUAA